UGGGUUUCCUUUGCCGUUUUUGGAGGACAGUUGCAGUCUUGCAGAGACUGUCUUCUUCUUUCUUCUUCUUCCUUAUCCAUUUUACUUUUGUCUCAAUUUUUAUCCUUCCCAACUCCCGAUGCAUCAUCAAAUGUUAUCUUCUCCUUCCCCUUCAUCUCUGUUUCGACAAUUGUCCAAUUCAUACCGGUGAACAACCAACCUCUUCAGCCAGCUUUGCUUCCCCUUAAUUCCUUCAUCAACGAACAAUUCAUUGUCCUCAUCCUGGUGGAUUAUAUAUAGACUUACAUAAUAUGGAUAUUAUAAGUAACGAGGCAAGAGUUGAUUCAUUCUCGAUCGGUCCUUCAACCAUUAUGGGUAGAACAAUCGCCUUCAAGAUCCUCUUCUGCAAAUCCAUUUCACAUCUCAAACACCACCUUUUCCGAUUGUUUCUCUACCUUUUGCAUAAAGCCAACACUUUUCUAAAUCUCUAUGUCAAACCAUUGCUCUCCCAUCUUCAUCCACGAAACCCACAACUUAUAUUGGCCGUGGUUACAAUUAUAGCAUUUGGAUUGAAACGCUUUACCAAUGUUCAAGUCAAGGCUGAGAUGGCUUACCGUAGGAAAUUUUGGAGGAACAUGAUGCGAACGGCUUCCACGUACGAGGAAUGGGCUCAUGGUGCUAAGAUGUUGGAUAAAGAGACACCCAGAAUUAUGAACGAGUCGAACCUAUACGACGAGGAAUUAGUAAGAAAUAAACUCCAGGAGCUUCGUCACCGAAGGCAAGAAGGGUCGUUGAGAGACAUCACGUUCUUCAUGCGAGCUGAUUUGAUUAGAAAUCUGGGUAAUAUGUGCAAUCCGGAGCUUCAUAAAGGAAGGCUUCAAGUUCCUAAACUGAUUAAGGAAUAUAUCGAUGAGGUCUCGACCCAGUUGAAAAUCGUUUGCGAUUCUGAUUCAGACGAUCUACUCCUGGAGGAGAAGCUUUCGUUUAUGCAUGAAACCAGACAUGCAUUUGGAAGAACUGCUUUGCUGUUGAGUGGAGGAGCUUCUCUUGGAGCUUUCCACUUUGGUGUUGUGAAAACAUUAGUUGAGCACAAGCUUCUGCCGAGGAUUAUUGCUGGGUCGAGUAUUGGAUCGUUUAUGUGUUCUGUUGUCGCGACUAGAUCCUGGCCGGAGCUGCAGAGUUUCUUCGAGGAUUCAUGUCUUUCUUUCCAGUUAGUUGAACAGAUGGGUGGGAUUUUUACUGUUUUUAAAAGGGUUAUGAGCGGUGGUGCUGUUCAUGAGAUUAGACAACUUCAGAAUCUGUUGAGAAAUCUUACCAACAAUCUUACCUUUCAAGAAGCUUAUGACAUGACGGGUCGAAUUCUUGGGAUUACUGUUUGUUCCAUGAGAAAACAUGAACCUCCAAGAUGUCUUAAUUAUUUGACUUCACCUCAUGUUGUGAUAUGGAGUGCUGUCACUGCUUCGUGUGCUUUUCCAGUUGUUUUUGAAGCUCAAGAACUCAUGGCUAAGGAUAGAACCGGAGCAAUUGUUCCUUAUCACCCACCUUUCCAUCUCGAUCCGGAUGAGCCUAAUUCUUCUGGGUCGAAUUCAUUUACUCGUCGUUUUUGGAGGGAUGGUAGUUUGGAGAUUGAUUUACCAAUUAUGCAGUUGAAGGAGCUGUUUAAUGUCAAUCAUUUCAUUGUUAGUCAAGCUAAUCCUCAUAUUGCACCUUUGUUGAGGAUAAAGGACUUCAUUCGAGCUUAUGGAGGCAACUUUGCAUCUAAGCUUGCCCAUUUGGUUGAGUUGGAGGUAAAACACAGAUGCAACCAAAUAUUAGGAGUGGGGUUUCCAUUAGGCGGAAUUGCCAAGCUUUUUGCUCAAGAUUGGGAAGGCGACAUAACCGUCGUCAUGCCUGCCACUUUAGCUCAGUACUCGAAACUGUUACAAAAUCCAUCUAACCUGGAUAUUCAGAAGGCAGCCAACCAGGGAAGGAGGUGUACAUGGGAGAAGUUGUCUGCUAUAAAAGCAAACUGUGGAAUCGAACUUGCUCUCGACGAUUGUGUAGCGAUUCUGAACCAUAUGCGUCGUUUAAAAAGGAGUGCUCAGAGAGCUGCUGCGGCUGCUUCUUCCUCGUCCACAUCUCAUGGUCCGGCUAGCUCUAGGUUCAACGCUUCAAGAAGAAUCCCUUCGUGGAACCGGAUAGCUAGGGAGAACUCGACAGGUUCGCUGGAUGAAGAGCAUUUUGUAGAAGCCACAUCAUUGCUCAGUCAUGGUAACCAUGGAGGGAUGAGUAACCGUGUCACACGGAAUAGACACGACGGGAGUGAUAGUGAGACCGAGAGUGUGGACCUGAAUUGCUGGACCAGAUCGGGUGGUCCAUUGAUGAGAUCGACUUCGGCCGAUAAGUUCACGGACUUCAUUGAGAAUUUGGAGGAUCAGAGUGGGGAUAUAAUAGAAAACAGAGUUGUGAUACAGAGUUGUAGUAGUAAUAGUAGUAUUAUGGUUGCUGAAGGCAAUCUUUUGCAGCCUGAAAGAAGAGAUAAUGGUAUUGUUUUUAAUAUUGUAAAGAGGGAAGACUUGACGACAACAACAACAAGCAAUUCUCCUCCGUCAAACAGUUUAGAGGCGGAAUGUAUGCAGCAGCAGCAGCUUGAAACAUCGGAAAAGGAGGAGGAGAUCGAUAUUGUGAGCUCGUCGGAAUCAGACUGCGACGAUGAUGAGGAGAAUAACCGCACCGAUGUGAAUAAUGAGGAGGAGCAUAAUCGUUUCGAGUUGAGCGAUUACAAUGUGAUCGAUGGAAGCGUUAUUGAUUAUUAACAGCUUAUUCACAUGUUUUGGUAAGUCAAGUUCAAAUAUUAUAUGUAACAUUAUUUAUGAAUGAUUGAUUAGUCACAUUAAAUAUGUGCUUGU